AUGUCUAAGCCUCUUUCUUCUCCGGAGCCGUGGUCUUUGGCCGGGAAAACGGCCAUAGUUACUGGGGCAUCACGAGGGAUUGGUCGAGCUAUUGCGUUGCACUUUGCUCGUAAAGGCCUAAGCAAAAUUGCCAUUACUUAUAUGGCAAACCGCGACGCGGCUCAGGCAACUUUGGAUGAAUGCCGUAAACUAGGCAUUAAGCACUCAAUUGCCAUCCAGGCAGACGCGCUUGACCCUGACUUCGGCACAAAAAUUAUUCGUCAAGUCCUCCAGGGACUUGAAACGACAACAAUCGACAUCCUCAUCAACAAUGCGGUUUUAGCGGACCCAUCCGCGGCGAAGCCGAUCAGCGAGACCUCACUCAAGAAUUUCUCGGAGAUUAUGCAAGCAAACGUCUAUGCACCCGUCUCGCUUACCAUGGAACUUAUGCCAUAUCUACCAACAUAUGGGGGCCGUGUUGUUUUCAUCUCUAGCUGCGCUUCUAAGCAGGCGAACUCGGAUCCUACCAUAACAUAUGGCGCCAGCAAAGCCACUCUUGAUAGCUUUAUGCGCUCAUUCGCAGAAAACUUCGCCCAAGAGAAAAGGGCGACAUUCAACAGCGUUAUCGUGGGCCUAACGGCUACUGAUGCAUGGAACCAAAACAAAGAUCUCCUGGGACCGGAUUUUCUUAAGCAGCAGCUUCUAGAUACAUCCGCUGCCGAUAGGAUUGGUGUCCCGGAGGAUAUUGCGUACAUUGUUGGCUUUCUAGCCAGCGAGGAAGGCAGAUGGGUUUCUGGCGCUGCGGUCAGUGCAAACGGGGGAAACAGAAAGGUUCUUGCGGCGCUCGGUUAA